ACUAGAAGAAGAAAUUCAUGAAAAGGAUUUGGCAGAUUGCUCAAGUGAAACCAGAAAAUCGUUUCUUCUUAUCACAAUUGCAUAACAUAAGCAUAAAGCAAUACAACCAAACAUCACUCUAUGUGCAUAUACGUGUUCUAUCCUCUACAUGCAAAAUUUGUACGUGGCAAACCAGUCGCAAUUAUCAUCAUCUUCUUAUUAUAAUGUCUUCAGCAGGAAACGAUCUAGUCAAACAAUUAAACCAUGGAUUUGAUAAAUAUGUUCAUGAACAUAGUGUUUCCACCUCUAUCCAUAUUCGCACUACUGUUCGUUCUGCCACCUUACCUCUUUUUCAAGUAUCUUCAUACUGCAAUAAGAACAGUGUUCAGUGAAGAUGUUGCAGGAAAAGUAGUCCUCAUCGCCGGAGCAUCGUCCGGUAUCGGCGAGCAUUUGGCUUACGAGUAUGCAAGGAGGAGAGCUUGCUUAGCACUUGUAGCAAGAAGAGAGAACCGUCUCGAGCAAGUUGCUGCCAUUGCUAAGGAGCUUGGAGCUCUGGAUGUAAUCUUUAUCCCUGGAGAUGUUAGUAAAAUUGAAGAUUGUGAAGGAUUUGUUAAUGCAACGGUCAGGCACUUUGGUCGAUUGGAUCAUCUCGUGACGAACGCUGGAAUUGCUCCGGUGAGCAUGUUUGAACAAAUUCCUGAUAUAACCAAAAUGGCUCCGGCUAUGGAUAUAAACUUCUGGGGUUCAGUCUAUAGCUCGCAUUUUGCAAUUCCUCAUUUAAAAAGGAGCAGAGGGAAGAUCAUAGUAGUUGGUUCAUGUGCUUCAUGGCUAACUCCCCCGAGAAUGGGCAUUUACAAUGCAAGUAAAGCAGCAUUGGUCAACAUGUACGAGACACUGAGGAUAGAAUUGGGAUCAGAAAUUGGAAUAACUAUUGUUAAUCCCGGACUAAUUAAAUCCGAAAUGACUGAAGGAAAAUUCCUUAACCAGCAAGGGCGACUGGAAAUGGACAAGGAAAUGAGAGAUGUUGAAAUAAGUGUGAUGCCAUUAGAGUCGACAAUGGAGUGUGCGAAAGCAAUUGUGAGGGCUACAUGCCGUGGAGAUAAAUACUUGACAGAACCAGCUUGGUACCGUGCAAUGUUAUAUUUUAAAGUGUUCUUACCUGAUGUACAACAGUGGAGCAACCGCUUCUUUUUGAUCCCUAGACCCGGCCACUCGGACAGAGAUACAAUAAGCAAGAAACUCCUUGAUGUGCUAAGAGAGAUAAAAGGGUUUCUAACGCCAAAUAUAGAUACUGUGGAAUUUGCGGAAUAUCUAACACCACAUAAUGGAGAUUUCCUGCAUCAUGCAGAUUAAGAAAGUUGGUGGCAAUGUGUAUGUACAAGUUGCAAAUCUGUAUCAAGUUAUAAAUACAUAAGGGUGUUUGCCAUAAUAAACUACUGUAUUGAAACUUUUGAACAAAUGGUUAGCCUCUUUCCUUUUCGGUA